GUAAAAGGAAACAACAGUCACACGCCUGCGAGAUGUAGUUGCAAUCGACAUUUAUCGGGAACAGAAAUAACUUUCCAUAUUAGUCACAUUUCACCUGAAAUACGCGACAUUUAUGCUGUGCUUUCUGCAUUGCUCACGUUUAUUAGUGGUAUACAGUCUGGUAACGAGUGACAUUUGAACAAUCAGCAUGACUCAAUGGGAGAACCUCAUGGCCCCCGUUUACACGCAGCAAUUGCAUGAACUUUACGAUCGAGAUGAUUUGCCUAUGGACGUGCGGCAUUACCUUUCCGUCUGGAUAGAGAAGCAAGAUUGGCAAAGAGCUGCUGGUGACUAUGGACUGGCCAUUUUGCUAUUCCAACAACUUCUGGAAAAUCUAGAUAUCCAACACAGUCGAUUUGGGCUACAAGAGGAAUUCUUUCUGAUGCAACAUAAUUUUAGAAGAUAUAAGAACAACUUUCAGAAGUAUCAAGAAGAACCAUGCAUACUGGCCAGAAAGAUAUCAUGGUUUUUGGAAAAAGAAAAGGAGAUUUUGCAGAGUGUCGAGUUGAAUGAAAAGGUUCGGCAGCUGUGUGUGGAGCAGGAGACAAUGGAGACAGACAGUCAGCAGGACCUUGAACGGAGGAUGGCCGGGCUCAGGAAUGAAGUGCAGUGCAUGGAGCAUACUAUUGUCUGUCUGGAAGAGCAGCAAGAUGAGUUUGAUUUUAAAUACCAGACUCACCGAAUGGAGGCUGUGAAAGACGAAAAUGAAAAACAGAAACAAUGGAAUACUCUUCAGUCUCUUGUGAAUCAGUUAAACAAUUGUAGAAAGAGGACGCUGGUUGGUUUACUUAAGAUCCUGGACAAAGCUGAGGACCUGAUCGAGACUCUGGUGAAGAAGGAGCUGGUGGAUUGGCAGCGCAGGCAACAGAAAUCCUGCAUUGGUGCUCCAGAUAAUGUCAGUCUGGACCUGCUCGAGAAAUGGUUCAGCUGUGUGGCGGCGUGUCUCUUCCAGGUGAGAGAGUUUCUGAGCAAACUGGAUGAAUUGUCGGAUAAAGUCUCUUAUGAAAAAGACCCUCUGAAGACGGAAAAGCCAGUGCUACAGGAGCGAGCUGACACACUGCUGAAGAAACUACUGCUCAAUUCGUUUGUGGUGGAGACUCAGCCAUCGAUGCCACAGGGUAAAGGUCCACUUGUGCUUCGGACCAAUGUGCAGUUCUCAGUCAAAGCCAGGCUGCUUGUGAAGUUUUCAGAACUGAAUCAUCUGAUGAAAGUGGAUGUGUCCAUGGACAGCGACACUCCUCAAAUCAAAGGAUACCGACGUUUUAAUGUUCUAGGGACCAAAAGUAAAGCGCUGAACAUGACAGAGAGCCAGAGUGGAGGCAUGGUGGCAGACUUCAGACACUUGACGCUGAAGGAGCAGAAAUGUGGUGGGGGAAAAGGAGCCAGUGAAAUCUCUCUGAGUGUCACAGAAGAGCUGCACAUUCUCAACUUUGACACAGUUUUUGAUUUUAAAGGAAUGUCACUGAAGCUGCAGGCGUCUUCUCUGCCGAUGGUGAUCAUCUCAAACUCUAGUCAGCAGCAGAGCGCCUGGGCCUCUGUGCUGUGGUUUAACAUGCUCAGCCUCGACACCAAAGACAUCAGAUUCUUCGCCACAGCUCCCUCUGCUCCUUGGCCCCAGUUUGCAGAGAUGUUGAGUUGGCAGUUUCUCUCUGCGACUAAAUGUGGACUGAAUGCAGAACAACUAGAAAUGAUCGCUUUUAGACUUUUUGGAAAGCAACAAAGCUAUAACCACCUGAUGGUAUCUUGGGCAAAAUUUAGCAAAGAAAAUUCCCCUAUUACAUUCUGGGUGUGGUUUGAUGGCAUUUUGAUGAUGGUGAAACAAUAUCUGGCAGAUUUGUGGAGAGAUGGUCUGAUCAUGGGGUUUGUGACUAAGGCAAAAGAGAAAUCACUUUUGAAGAAAAAACAGAGAGGGACCUUUUUACUUCGCUUCAGUGAAAGUAUGGUCGGAGGAAUCACCUUCUCCUGGGUGGAAACCACUCUCACCGGUGAGCCUGAGAUUAAGACAGUUCGACCUUUCACCAAGAACGACCUGGAGCAGAUUCCUUUUCACGAAAUUAUCAGAAACUUCCAGCUGAUGGAGAUGGACAACGUGCCAGAAAACCCUCUGCUCUUCCUUUAUCCGAACACACCCAAAGAUGAGGCGUUUGGAAAGUACUACAGUGAUAAGUCCGGAGAAAACAGCCCUUACAUCAAGUACAUCAAAACCAAGCUCAUGUUUGUCACGACUGAGAACUCUCUGGAGUCUUCCUCUGCAAUGAAACAGGGCCCAGAGCUGCAGCCAAUCACUGGUCUGUGCGGAGCCGAGCAAAGCACUAUUGACCCCGAGGUCCUCACUCUGGAGGCGCUCCUGGCUGAUCCUCUGAUGCCGCUCCCUGGUGAUACGGACACUGCAGAAGACUUCCUGGUUUCUUCAUAUGACCCCAACCUCUUGAACUGUGACCUGACCUCAUCUGAGUUCAACCUCCAGGACCUCCACACUCUCCCCACUCAGUUCUGUGGCGUUUUUCAAUAGUUAAAAAAAACAACAACGUAUUAUGCUUUUUUUUUUGGAGUAUUAAGUAUUGAACUACAUGGUGCGUAGAUCAUUAAUUUCCAUGUUAUUAAUUGUAAAGGCUCAGUUAUGUCCCAUUUCUUUACAUAAACAGAUCCAUGCAGUCCGACUGCAGUAACUGUCACUGCAUUUAUGCUUUCAACCGUUUCUAAUGUAAAAUAUGUAUUCUGUUAAAUAAUCACCACAGGGCGUGCAAUAUCAGUUUGAGAAUUGAUCAAAACAGAAGAAAAAAAGCAAAAACUAAUAUGGAGGCACCCAAGGCAAUUUUUGAUUACAUUUGUGGGAAAAGAGCCAAGAAAAUGAGGUGAGCGAAACAUAACAUAUAUGUUUUGCAGUGGACAAAGGACAGACAGAAGCCUCCACGGGUAUGCAUCUAGAUUAGAACAUGUAGCGUAAAUGAGCCAUAAACUGCAAUGUUGAUCCAAAAUGACUUGAUCACAGAAAGGUUAAUAGUUCUAGUAAAUGUGUUUUUAUUUUUGAAAUUACUAUUUUUGAACCCUAUGUUUAUUCAUGCAUAUGUUAAGAGUUGUGGGCGGAGAUAUGGGGUGAAUUUUUUCUCAAAUUCAGGAUAAUGUCAGACUAUUAAAACAAUCACAGUUGCAUCACUGUUGAUUAUCAUAAUGAAACUGUGGCUAAACAAGUAAUGAGGCAAUGAGGUGGUUCAAAAUUUAUAAACAUUCAUUUAACGUAAUAUGUCCCCUUCAAUUUCGUAAAUUUUUUUCUGAUUUAACUAGGACCUCAAGGUUACUUGACAAUUAAUCAAAACAGCAGUUUGAAAGGUGCCAUGUGAUAAAUUGCAAUUAGAGUUAUCGUAAUGUCCUGGGGACAUGUUCUGAAAAGCAGAAGAUUUUUGUAAUUAGCACUUAAAAUUUCACUAUUUGCUCAAAUGUUGAACUUUCCAUUAUUAUCUUUUCAAAGAAUUUGUUACACAAAUCACUAUAGCUGUUUUUUAAUGUAACAAUUUAAUAAUUAAUAUGACAGUGCACAGUUUGGUAACUCCUUGUUAAAGCUCCUGAUAAAGCAUUUAUGUUAUUAUAUGUAAUCUAAACCUACUGCUGUCCCUGCAUGAAAAACAUUAGUCUGUCUUCUUUUUUUCUGUCUUUGUAGAUAAUCCUUUUACUUGUAAUAUAAUUUAUAUGAUCUUCAUUUAUAGUCUUAUGUCUUGCCCUCUGUGUUACUGAAAAUGUUAUUUGAAUUAGUGAUGGAGCUGGACUCAUAAUUAUGUUAAAUAAGAUGGCACUGAUAAAAUGAAUGAACAAAGAUGCACUUACUUGUUGGCCAGGCUUAAUACUACUGUCUACAAAUGAUGUUCAAAAUGUUUGAAUAAAGUUGCAUUUUUAUUGACA